AUGAAUUGCUUCGAUACAACCCCCACUCCUGGCUCCUCGAAAUGGUCACAGGUCGAAUUCGGCGCCUCUGUCCGGAUGGACAAUGGUACAUUUGUUCGUUUCCUCCAUCUCGUACCGUAUGACCUUUGGCUGCAGGAACAGACUAUCUACUGGAAAGAAAUAGCGGAGCUUCAGCGAGACGAGGACCGAAUCCACGAACUCCUGAGGCAGGUUGUCUACCUGUGCACGCUCCCUCCGCAGACCUGA